AUGAAUGAUCCUAUUAAAAGAGAUUUGACAAAUCUUUUUUUAGAAAAACGAGAAAUUGCAAAAGAAGAAAUAGACCCUCGAAAAAAUUGGUUAAAGAGAAUAUUGUUGAAUAAUAACACGAACGAUUUAAGGAUGUUUUUAAAGGCUAGCGAAUUAAAAACAAAAGAAGGUGAUUAUUGUAUGACAUGUAAAAGUAAUGUGAAAUUAUUAUUAUAUUUGAAUACAAAAAAGAAUUAUUGUCAUUUAUGUGAAGAAAUUUUUUGUGGUUAUUGUGUAAAAAGUAUAGAUUUUAUGAAAGACGAAAAAGAGAAAUAUAUAAAAAUAAGAUUAUGUAGAAACUGUUUUAUAUAUAUAAAUGAAUUAAAAUAUAUAAAUAAUCCAAAUUUAUCUGUAGAUAGAAAAGCUAUAGAUUUACAAAACUCAUUUAAUGAUAUAUCAAAUUGUUACACAAACUUAUGUAGUAAUGUACCUCAAUUAAAUGGAUUAAUAUUAUUAUGUGAAAAUAAUAAAGAAUUUUUAGAUAGCUUUAAAAGUGAAAUUAAACAGUUGGAAGAAAAAAUUCAACAUGAUGUUGACUUUUUAAAUAUUAUGAAAAAAAAAAAUAAUUUUUUAUCAGACAAUACAUUAAUACUUAAUAAAAUGGGGAAAAAUUUAUUAUUAUAUUUGAAAAUUAUAAGAAAUAAAAUUAUUCCAUCAUCUAUUGAGGUUCUAAAUAAAACAAAGGAAUUACUAUAUAACAAAAAAGAAAAUACAUAA